AUGGCGCAAAAGGCCAAGAAGGACCGCGCCAAGGCCAACGCCGCCGCCCUCAAGAACCUGCAUACCGGCUCCGCCAUCGUCAACCUUCUCGUCCUCGCCUCGCACUUCCUGUGGCGCCCGCGCUCCCUCCUCCUCCACGGCGUGCUGUCCGCGCCCGCCUUCGCGUGCGAGUACGUCCUGGAGCGCUCCGGCCGGCCACGCCACGACCCCGCCACGGGAGCGCUCCGCUCGGCCGGCGAGGACCUGGCCGCCGCCGGGCUCACCGAGUACAUGUUCGACGUCGUGUGGGUGACGUGGGCGGCCGCCGUGCUCGCGGCGCUCUUCGGGCCGUGGGGAUGGGCGCUCUGGGCGGUGGUGCCCGCAUACGGGCUGUACAUGGCGUCGGGCCUGCUGGGCUGGGGCCGCUCGCAGCUGGCGCAGAUGCAGGGGCAGGGACAGCAGCCCGAGGCAGCGGCGGCGGGCGCUCAGGGAAAUCGCAGACAGCGUCGAGCAGCGUAA